AUGAGUUUUGCGAUUCCAAAACGUAAAAGACAAAUAACGAUCUAAGCAACUUCAGGCUAGCCUAGUCAGCGAGCUACUUCUCAGACCAAAGGGGAGCAGUAAAACUAUGGUUUGAACAAGUCUCAGGAAAUGAAAAAGGGGAUGACAAAGAACCUACUGGGCUCGACAUCGACUAAUAAUCUAGAGCUAAAUCAGCUUCAGACAUUCGACGACACCUAUCAAAAUCCAGUCUAGAUAGUAUAAGCAAAUCUUACUUCAAAGAAUGUGGAGUAGAUAGUGGGUCAGAAAUUACAAAAAGUAAUGGAUAGGAUAGGCUACUUGGAGGAUGCGCUUUCAAGAGUGGAGUUGCAGCAGGACUCAAUGCGACCUGUGUUUAAGAUGAUUGAAAGCCAGAACUCUGGUCUUAAAAGCGGAGGAGUCGGAGGUCCAACCAACAUCAACUAGAUCUCAAUCAUCUAGAACAACAAGAAGGGAUUCAAUAAUAAGGAAAACGGCAGCAAUGCAAGCAGCUUCAUUAGCCAAGCCAAUGCCACACUACUCGAAAAACUGACUAAAGUUGGAAACAUCAACAUCCCUAACAUCUCCUAGGAUUCAUCACUGAUGAUAAAUCAGCAGCUUUAGUUCAACCCUUCGCUUUCAAAGGAUGACAUAGAAAAGAUGAUAGCCACGCAUAUCGAGCCAAUCAAAGCAGAAAGUUAGAAUUUGAACAAGCAGAUCAGUGAUAACAUAGAAAAUCUUCUUAACUAGAUUGAGAAUAUCAGACAAGACGUGAUGAGGAUGCAAGACAUCAGCAAUGCAAACACUGUCAAACAGCUCUAGCAACAGCAAAUGCAACAGUAUCAGCAGUUGACUAGCUCACCAAAGCCUAAUAAUCUUUCUCCAAGAAACAGUAACAAUGAAUUAGCCUCAUUCAAAGCAUAAUUUGCAGAUCAAUUGCAUUUCUUCAAGUCCAAGCUAGACCUGCUUCUGACUAAAGUUGAUUCUAUGGAUAACUCUUAUGACAAACGCAUCUCUAAUCUAGAAGCUGUGGUAACACCAAUUUUAGCCCAGGAAAAAUCACUUCAACCUUCCUAGAUCUAAAGCUUUAUCAAUUAAGAGUUCUAAACUCUAAUCAAUUCACAAGCUAUACAGUCACUCAUAGAUGAGAGAAUAAGACAACCACUAGCAGAAAAGGAAAGACAACUGAGUCUUAUUGAAAAAGAGAUAACUUAGCUAAAGUCAAGAGACUCUAGUUACAACUCAAAUGCAAAUAAGUCUACAACUCUUACCACUAAGACAAACAAUAACUCAAUGGUGCAGCUUAAUGUUCAAAAUAAUACAUAGAUAGUGUAAAAUACUACGGCUAACAUAACCUAGACACAUCAGUAGUAGCAACUUGCCAAUGCUAUUAAGGUAACUAACUGUGGAGGCAUGAAUGCUAAACGAAGUGCAAACAGUGUGGGACAUUAAAGCAAUCACAGUAAUGGCAGCAAUGGAGCUAGCAAUGCUUAAAACCACAACAGCAAUAGCUCAGUCUCUCAUCAGAAGUUGGCGAAUAGCUUCAACACUCACAAUUCAAACAAUAGCAGUUAGAAUGGUCUCAACAACAAUGCCAGUUCUCACAGAGAUGAUACUGGGAAGCAGACUAGCAAUAAAUGCAAAGACAGUGCAAAUCAUAAUCAUAGUAGUACAGGCAAGGACGCAAACUUUAUAGCACAGUAGGUUUAAUAGCAAUAGAAGCAAUAAAUAAGUUAGCAUAUUAAGAAAGUACAAGUAUUCAAUAAUGAUUUGAGGGAGCACUUGGAAGAGUUAGAAUCAUACAUUUUGAACACAUCUGAGACAAUAAACGAGCGACUAGAAGACAUUCACAGACAGAUGGGAGACUUGCACAAUGAGAUCUAUGCCAACAUUGACCUAGUUAAGGAGAAGAAGAGACUGAAUGCCCCUGACACCAACUAGUUCGUAAAGAUUCUGGGUGAAGAUGUCAAGCAGUUUAUUCAGUGCAUGCGAGACGAGAUUGAGCAGGUCAUACUGUCUAUAAAUGAAAGAGAUGAGAAAUGCAAGAUAGAUAUGAAUAGGAUCGACUCAAAGAUUAAUCAAAGCGAGUCACUUAAAUAGUAGAUUCAGCAAAUUCCAACGCAGAACAAAACCUCAUCACCAACUCGUUAUCAGCAGCACUCUCAAAAUUCGAAUCAGUUCUCUUCAAUCGAUAGUUUAGGCAGUCUUUUGACUCCUACAGAGAGAAAAGAGAUUCAAAAGAUAGAUGCCUUUAAGGAGCACACUCUGGCUCUCUAGAGACACAUGGACAACACUUCGAGUUACUUACAGAAAGAGGUAGUCAGUGUGGAUUCUAAGAUAGAACAGGCAAAGGGCAUACUUUUCAAGGAGCUCAGCAUUGAUCUCUCAGAACAGGCAGAAGUCAGUGCUAAUGCCACUCAUCACAUUGAAAAGGAGAUUCAGGAAGUCGAGGAAGAGUAGUACGAGGAUGAGGACGAUUUGAUAAUGCAGCAGUAAUAGCAGAUGUUAUAGAAUCAAGAAGACAGAGAUGAGGAUGAUGAUAUUGACGAUUUAGAUAUGGAGCAAGAUGAUGGAAUCGAGCCCAUCGAUGAGGAGGAUGAUGAUGAAGGUGUUGAGACUACUGGUGAUUACUCUCAUGUAGAUGAAGUAUCUAAGGCUAGACAGUAACAGAAUUUCUUAAGAUAUAGCUAAUAAUUUAACUCGAAUGGCAGCUGUGGAGACCUGUACCCUCAGCAACUUUAACACUAACCUAUGUACAAUAACCUUAUGAGUUAGAAAGCACAUUCAAGCGCUAACAAUCACCACUCUAAUCCUAAUGGAAACGGCAGUUAUCAGAGGAAUAGAGCCAUCAGUCAAAGCAACAAUAACUAAAACAUCCCUCAGAGCAAAGCCUCUAAUUCCUUGGCUACUCCUAUUAACUAAUAAAACAAUAACAACAUUAAUCAGCUGCAAUAGCCAUUUUACUACCAAAGCAAUUCUGUCAACACCAACAGCUCUCCCAGAUACUAUCCAAAUCAGAUAGAGGUGUACGACUAAGACCAUGAAAACGAAGACGAAGAUGGAGAGCAUGGCACUCAUUAAAUGACCCUGCAAUAGCAGUUCAUGGUUGAUGACUAUGGCGAAGAACUUGAUAAUGAGAUCAUCAAUCAUGAUGCAAGUAUCAAUAACAACAACAACAAUCUAGGUCUGUCGUAGAUGCUUAACUCUCACAAUAAUAACAAUAACAUUAAUCUGAACAGCAAUGUGUCAGGGUCGUCGGGACUUGUUCACUAUACCAAUAACACCAAGGAUAGCAGUGCCAUUGUCGAUGAGAGCGAGCCUCACAGAGCUCAGAAGUCACCUGGACCUGGUCAAAAUAAUGCUAAUAGCCACUCUUAAUUUAACAGUCAGUAAAUGUUGAGAAGCAGUUCUAAGUCUGGGCUGCCAAUGCCAACUAAGAAAUAUCAAAGCAAAUAUUGA